AUGAAGUCCUCUACUAGCGCUGUGCUCAAAUUUGGUGGCAUUUGUCGGCGGACCUCGGUGACUGCAUCAAAGGUGAAACUAACCCGAAGUAUGUCUUCGUCAACAUAUCUUGAAUCUGUUAAACAAAAGCUCUCUUCGCUCAAGACACAAUUUCUAUUUAAAAAAGGGGAGAUUGAUAUAAUAUAUUCACCGAGUGCGUUUUAUGAUACUCUUAGGAAAAAGAUAUCAACUGCAAGAAGGAAAAUUUUUAUUGCUUCACUCUACAUUGGCAAAUCUGAGACAGACUUAAUCGAUUGUGUGAGAAAUGCUCUAGAGAAGAACUCGGACCUUAAAGUCUAUUUUUUAAUUGAUGGGCUUAGGGGCACGAGAGAGGCCCCGUUGAGGUGCUCUACAUCGUUACUGACAGAGCUACUAAAAGAUUAUGAGAGUCGUGUGGAUAUUAGACUUUAUCGCACUCCAGCAAUUGUAGGUCUAAAAGGAUUAAUUGCUCCAAAAAGAAUAAAUGAGGGCCUCGGGCUGCAGCAUAUGAAAAUCUACGGCUUUGAUGAUGAAGUCCUUCUUUCUGGUGCAAAUUUAUCUUCGGACUAUUUUAGUAAUCGACAAGAUAGAUAUUAUCUCUUCAGAUCAGCGUCUUUUUCGGACUAUUACUUCAAGUUACAUCAAACAAUAAGUAAAUUAAGCUACAAAGUCAAAAGUGCGAAUAAUGCUCAGAAAUUCCACGUUUCAUGGCCAACAUCAAACAACGCAAUAGAUCCAGCAGAAAACAGAAAAAUGUUUAUAAAACACGCUUCCAAAGUCCUAAAUGAUUUUCUUAAUACCUCGAGCUUUGAUAAUAACCACCAUCCGUUGCACCACCAAGACUUUCCCACUGUCGUCUAUCCUGUUUCACAAUUCACUCCUUUGUUUCCUCGUGGACAUGAUAAUUCAACUGAGAAGCAAAGCAUUUUGAAACUGAUAUCUUCCAUGUCAAUUUCCUCUUCAAGAUGGGUCUUCACUGCUGGGUAUUUCAAUAUGCUUCCGGAAAUUAAGAGAAGUUUGAUCUUAUCAUCAUCUAAAAACGGAACGGUAAUCACAGCGUCGCAAUUUGCUAACGGUUUCUUCGAAUCCAAAGGCAUAUCUGCACACCUGCCUAGUGCAUACCUUCAUUUAUCUAAACUAUUUCUGGAAAAGGUAAAGAUGUAUGGGAAGGAAUCAGUAAUCACUUUGAAGGAAUGGAAGAAGGGAAUUGUGAAUAAGCCUGGAGGCUGGUCCUAUCACGCAAAAGGCAUAUGGAUCAGCGAACAAGAAAGUGACUCAUUUCUUCCAGUUGCAACUUGCAUUGGUUCGUCAAACUACACAAAGCGCGCGUAUUCUCUAGAUCUUGAAUCUAAUGCAAUAAUAUUGACGAGCGACAUGGAAUUGAGAGGCAAAAUGCAAAAAGAACUAGACCACAUCAUGAAGGAUACCAGGUCUGUCAAUUUAGAAGAUUUCAGAAAUGACACUGAGAGGCAUGUUAGUGCUGGUGUGAAGGUUGCUACAAAAAUUCUGGGUACAAGACUCUAA